GAAAGCUGAUGCCAGUGGCUGGGUUCUGGUAACUAGGAAAUGGACUUCUCAUCAAAUCACAUGGUACUGCAUGCCGACAGUAAUAUUUUUAUUGGUAAAAAAAAAAAAGAACAAAGAAGAAUUUUGUUGGACCAGAAUUUGCUUGUCCUUCUCUACCAAAAUCUCAUGCACCUUCUUUGUCAAACUAACAAUAGAAAGCAAAGAAAACCCAUGUCUUUCAUACCUUUAAAACUCAGUAAUUCUUGAGAAAUCUCCCUCUCUUAACUACUUGUUCUUGUGACAGCACAACUGUUUUGCUUUUCUUUUUGUUUGAUUUCUCUUAGGGAGGGGGUGCAGGUGCAGCUGUGUCUUGGAUUGAUCUUUUGAGCUAUGAUUCUUUGCUAAAUUUGAGAGAUUUUGUUUAGUCUUGAAGGAGUAAGAUUGAGAAGAGAAAAUGGAGAUUUGGAGAUGGGUAUUUAUUGGAAUUCUUUUUCUUGCCGCUUUUGUUGUCAAGAUUGAGGCUUUCAAGCAGGGUCAUAGACAAUCUACUGAGAGAAUUUCAGGCAGUGCUGGUGAUGUCUUGGAAGAUGAUCCAAUUGGAAGGUUGAAAGUUUUUGUUUACGAGCUUCCUAGCAAGUACAACAAGAAGAUUUUGCAGAAGGACGAAAGAUGCCUCAACCACAUGUUUGCAGCUGAGAUUUACAUGCAUAGGUUUCUUUUAUCUAGCCCUGUUCGAACCCUCAAUCCUGAGGAGGCUGAUUGGUUUUACACUCCUGUAUACACUACAUGUGACCUGACGCCAAAUGGCCUCCCUUUGCCAUUUAAGUCACCACGAAUGAUGAGAAGUGCAAUACAGCUUAUUUCUUCGAAUUGGCCUUACUGGAACAGGACAGAAGGGGCUGAUCACUUUUUUCUAGUGCCACAUGACUUUGGGGCAUGCUUCCAUUAUCAAGAGGAGAAAGCCAUUGAAAGAGGAAUUCUCCCCUUGCUCCAACGUGCCACAUUGGUUCAGACUUUUGGACAGCGGAAUCAUGUAUGCCUGAAAGAGGGUUCAAUCACAAUUCCACCAUAUGCUCCACCCCAGAAAAUGCAAACACAUCUGAUUCCUGAAAAAACUCCUAGGUCCAUCUUUGUUUACUUCCGUGGACUGUUUUAUGAUGUUGGAAACGACCCUGAAGGUGGUUACUAUGCAAGAGGUGCUAGAGCAGCAGUAUGGGAGAACUUUAAGGACAAUCCACUGUUUGACAUUUCAACUGAGCACCCAACUACCUACUAUGAGGACAUGCAACGAGCUGUAUUUUGUUUGUGUCCACUUGGCUGGGCACCUUGGAGUCCUAGAUUAGUUGAAGCAGUGAUAUUCGGAUGCAUUCCUGUUAUUAUAGCAGAUGACAUUGUUCUACCCUUUGCUGAUGCAAUUCCGUGGGAGGAAAUUGGAGUUUUUGUUGAUGAGAAGGAUGUUCCUAACUUGGACACGAUACUCACAUCUAUCCCACCGGAAGUAAUAUUAAGAAAGCAGAGACUGCUUGCCAACCCUUCAAUGAAGCAGGCAAUGUUGUUCCCCCAACCUGCUCAACCAGGAGAUGCUUUCCAUCAAGUUUUGAAUGGACUUGCACGUAAAUUGCCACAUGACAAGAGCGUGUACUUGAAGCCCGGUGAAAAGGUCUUGCAUUGGACCGCUGGCCUCGUUGGCGACCUGAAACCUUGGUAACACUAGCACUUGUAAUGUAACAUCAGGUUCCUACAACCUUCCAGCAUUCCACCCUGUAGACCUACAUCUGAACGUUACAGGGGUUUACCUGUAUAAUUGAGCCGCUGAUACAAAAUGUAAAUCUUAAUUCUGCCAAAAUGCAUUAGAUAUAAAUUCUCUUUUUUUCAGCUUUUGGGUUGUGACUAUUCAAUAUGUUUUCUCAGAAUUCCGGACUUACCAAUCUUUAGUUCAUUCAAUUAACUGCAUCAUUAUUGGAUAAUAAUGAACCUUGUGUGGGUAGAGUUUGAUGUCAAAACUUUUCUAGGUGGUUCAUAAGAUAGAAGAACAUUAUGUCAUACAAUUGGCAAUUCGUAGACACGAGUAUCUAUUGUCAA